UUUUGUUUUAUAGAAAACAAUUAUAUUUAAGCAGACUCACAUGAGCACCAACGUUCAUAAAAUCAUAGUCAGAGAAAACCAUUCCUCGUUCGCGCAUUCAUUCACCGCUAACAUUCAUUCCUUUCUUCUUCAGAUUCAAACCAGCCCAAGCAUACACCAACGAAGAAAAAUCGAAAUCCACGUCUUCGAUUCGUAUCAUUAUCAGCAAGAGGGGAAAAUCUUUUAUCAAAAGGCUUCUGGCUUCCCACGAAGCUUCAUUUGAUUUUCCUCUUUCAGAAAUUUUCAGCUCCUCAGAUUCUCCGCAAAUGAUGGAGUCCUCCUUCGAUCCAUCGGUAAACGAUUCACCGACCUUUUUUCUCUUGAACCGCCGCGAUUAAAUUGCUCAGAUCCAACGGUCAACGCCGGUUGAUUGCGAAGAAAAAAGGGGAAGGAAGAUGAAGAUGGCGAAGUCUCGCGUGUGGCAGCCACUGAAGAAGAAGAGAAGUUGAUAUUAUAGAGAGAGCGAAAGAGAGGAGAGAGAAGAGGGAUUGUUGCAGAGAGAGGGGGGGAAGCGAGAGGAGGAGGAAGAGAGAGAUGACGUCAUGUUCGGGUCAGGGCAGCAGCGGGAGCAGCAGGACCCGUGUGGGGAAGUACGAGUUGGGUCGGACCCUGGGUGAGGGCAAUUUCGCCAAGGUGAAGUUCGCUAGGCACGUGGAAAGCAGAGAGAACGUGGCCAUCAAGAUUCUCGACAAGGAGAAAGUUCUCAAGCACAAAAUGAUUGACCAGAUAAAACGGGAAAUAUCCACAAUGAAACUUAUUAGACAUCCAAAUGUCAUACGUAUGCAUGAGGUAAUGGCUAGCAAAACAAAGAUAUACAUUGUAUUGGAAUUUGUUACUGGUGGAGAGCUGUUUGAUAAAAUUGCACGCAGCGGGAGGUUGAAAGAAGAUGAAGCAAGAAAAUAUUUUCAACAGCUUAUAUGUGCUGUGGAUUACUGCCAUAGUAGAGGUGUUUUUCAUAGAGACUUAAAGCCUGAGAAUUUGUUGCUGGAUGCUAAUGGAGUGCUUAAAGUAUCAGAUUUUGGAUUGAGUGCAUUGCCUCAACAAGUUCGGGAAGAUGGGCUACUUCACACAACAUGCGGUACGCCAAAUUAUGUUGCCCCAGAGGUGAUUCACAACAAAGGUUAUGAUGGUGCAAAGGCAGAUCUGUGGUCAUGUGGUGUUAUUCUCUUUGUUUUAAUGGCAGGCUAUUUGCCCUUUGAAGAAACCAAUCUAACGGCUUUAUAUAAAAAGAUUUACAAGGCUGAGUUCACGUCUCCUCCAUGGUUCUCUUCAAGUGCAAAGAAACUAAUCAACAGAAUACUUGAUCCAAAUCCUGCCACUAGGAUUACAUUUGCUGAGGUCGUUGAGAAUGAUUGGUUCAAGAAGGGAUAUAAGCCUCCCGUAUUUGAACAGCCUGCUGUUAGUCUUGAUGAUGUAAAUUCUAUUUUCAGCGAAUCUUUGGAUUCGAAAAAUCUUGUAGUUGAGAGGCGUGAAGAGGAGGGGCAUGUGGCACCAGUGACAAUGAAUGCCUUUGAGCUUAUAUCUAAAUCUCAAGGUCUCAACCUUAGUAGUCUGUUUGAGAAGCAAAUGGGACUUGUUAAAAGGGAAACACGAUUCACUUCCAAAUGUUCAGCAGAUGAAAUAAUUUCAGAAAUUGAGAAAGCUGCAGGACCCCUGGGUUUUGAUGUUAAGAAGAACAACUGUAAGUUAAAGAUUCAAGGGGAAAAGACUGGACGGAAAGGUCAUCUGUCUGUAGCCACUGAGAUCUUAGAGGUAGCCCCUUCGCUAUACAUGGUUGAGCUGCGUAAGUCUCAAGGAGAUACUCUGGAAUUUCACAAGUUCUACAAAAAUCUUGCUACUGGACUGAAAGACAUUGUUUGGAAAGCUGAGCCUAUCGAUGGAGGAAAGGACGGAGGAAAAGAUGAAGGAAAGGAUGGAGGAAAGGAUGGUGCCAAACCAUCAAAAUAACUGUCAUCCAAAAUUUGAUCUCCGUACGAAGUGCAAUCACUGGUUGUGUUAUUAGUGUGCUCAUUGAGGAUUCUGUCAUGGACUCUUUUCCUCGUCAGUACAAAUUCCCUUUACUUGAAUUCUAUAGGUGUAACUUUAAUUUUUGUGCUGUCACAAACUUUACAAAUCCAAAAGGGAAAACUAAUGUUUGUUUAUAUGGCUGUUUGCUUAUGGAAAUUAGCUUUUAUUUAAA